UAAUAAUAAUAAUAAUUGAAUUGUUAUCAUGCCGCUGCAGUCGUAGGUGAAUCUUUCUGCACAGAUCAUCUGUCCAUCGACCCGCGGGACGUAUCGUCAGUAUUAAUAAUAAUAAUAAUAAUAAUAAUAUCGACUGUCGUCGUGACAUUGCAGUGGAAUAGCAAUAUUACAAUACACUUUUGUACAUUAAUAUUAAUCGAUGCGAUGAUAAUGACUUAUACUAUAAUAUAUACAUAGGAAUCAUUAAUUAUAACAUUCGUUACUAAAAAAAAAAAAAAUAAAAUAUCAUACACAUCCGCUCCCACCACGUGCACAGUUUCAGGAAAAAAUGCGAUUGUGCAACCUCAUGCUGUGACCUUUGAUAUGGUCACCGAAAAAUGAAGACGUUGGCCGGCGCCAUAAUACUAUGCAUCAUGCUCGUCAUAAUUUCCGGAUGUUCAAUGAAUCCGGAUGCAAAAAGGCUGUACGACGACCUUUUAUCAAAUUACAACAAGCUCGUAAGGCCUGUGCUCAACAACACUGAUCCGCUACCUGUACGGAUUAAGCUCAAACUAUCACAGCUCAUCGACAUUAACCUUAAAAACCAAAUUAUGACGACGAACUUAUGGGUGGAACAGUAUUGGUACGACUAUAAGUUGACGUGGAAUCCUGACGAGUACGGUGGCGUCGAAGGGUUACACGUACCGUCUGAACACGUCUGGAGGCCAGAUAUUGUUCUCUAUAACAAUGCCGACGGCAAUUUCGAAGUAACGUUGGCCACUAAGGCUAUGCUCCACUACAGUGGUCGGGUCGAGUGGAAACCUCCAGCUAUUUACAAGUCUUCCUGCGAAAUAGAUGUAGAAUUUUUCCCGUUCGAUGAACAGACGUGUGUGAUGAAAUUCGGUUCGUGGACAUACGACGGUUUUCAGGUGGAUUUGAGACAUGCAAAUGAAGUCAGCGGUUCACGAGUAGUAGACGUCGGUGUUGAUUUAUCCGAAUUUUACGCGUCCGUCGAAUGGGAUAUUUUAGAGGUUCCCGCAAUAAGAAAUGAGAAAUAUUAUACUUGCUGCGAAGAACCAUACUUAGAUAUUACAUUCAAUAUCACGAUGCGGAGGAAAACGCUAUUUUACACGGUGAAUUUGAUCAUACCUUGUAUGGGGAUAUCGUUUCUCACGAUACUUGUGUUUUACCUUCCAUCCGAUAGUAACGAAAAAGUUAGUUUAAGUAUUUCAAUUCUACUGUCGCUGACCGUUUUCUUUCUGCUGUUAGCCGAAAUCAUUCCGCCCACAUCACUAGUCGUGCCACUUUUGGGAAAAUUUGUGCUAUUUACAAUGAUACUUGACACGCUUAGUAUAUGUGUGACAGUCGUUGUGUUAAAUAUACAUUUCCGAUCUCCCACUACACACGUAAUGUCACCUUGGGUCCGCCGAGUAUUCAUUCACAUUCUACCGAGAAUGUUAAUCAUGAGAAGACCUCACUACCAAAUGGAAAGGAAGAGUCUGAUGGGAACAUGUCAUCGUAUUAUGGUGAGGACGUGCAACGGGCUUGAGCUUAGAGAUCAAGAUUCAGCUGAUCAGUUAUUGCACAGCAACGAUGUAUUUCCUGCCAGGUAUAACUUAGUUCAAAGAGUACCUAUACUCCAGUCGCUUAUUGUAUUUGUUAUAUCAGCUGACCCUUAUAUUUAUAUCUCUAGGGAUUUGGAAAGCGGUGUAAUUGGCUGCUGCGAGAUUCACGGUCCAAUAAUAGCAUUACCCAGCUCGUCCGAAAUAAACCUAAACGCCCCAGUUCCUAAGGGUAGAAAACAUUGGCAUGAUUGUCCAGAACUUCAUAAGGCCGUCGAAGGCGCUGCGUACAUAGCUGAUUACAUAAAAAAAGAAGAAGAAGAGAAAAAGAUUAAAGAAGAUUGGAAAUAUGUGGCGAUGGUGCUGGAUAGAUUGUUCUUGUGGAUAUUUACACUGGCUGUGACCAUGGGAUCUGCAGGGAUAAUUCUACAAGCACCCACUCUGUAUGACAAUCGGUUGCCAAUCAAUGUCCGGCUGUCAGAAAUACUUGCCCAUACACCAACAGUGAAACAGAAUUAUAAUAACAUUAUGUAAAGACGAUAAUUGCUCAAUAUGGUCAACAUUGGACAGGCCAGUGACAUCCAACACUGGUCCAGAAGAGCGAACGGUAGAAUCCUACUACCACCACCACCACAACAGCUGAGCUAUAACUUAUAUAUUACAUAUUAUAUAAAGCAUUAUAGUUACGAUAAUAAAAUGCGGGAUGAGGGACCAACAAAUCGAGGACUGCUGGUCGUAAUAUGUACAAUAGUGUCAAUUAGAUACUAUUUUCAUGUUCUCAAAAUUAGCGAAUCAAAUAGAUAGAUAUUUUUAGAUAAUUUGUUUAUAAAUCAAAUAUUUAUGAGCAGUUUAUUAUAUAUUUAUUUUAAAAAACCAUAAACUAGGACCUGAAUAGGUUGUAAGAGAAAUAUUAACUUUCUCGACUAUUAUUUGUCUUGUAAAAAGAAACAUAUAAUUCAUGUUAUUAUUAUUAUUAUACAAAAAAAGUAAUAACACUUCAUAGUUAUAUGUACAUAGUAUUAUGUUAACUUGUGAAAAAUAAAUGAAUAUAUUUGGUGACGUUUAAAUAUGAUGAGUUUAAUUUAAUUCAGAUAUCUAAUAAACUGUCCUGAUCUGAAACUUUCAUCUUGUGAUACAAGUUAAGGUAAAG